GCGACAUCUAAGCCUACCACUAUUAGUAUAACUGCCAUGGCACCCCCAGACACUCCUUCGGGCGGACAUACUCAGUCCUCCUCAGCUAAGUCUAAUCUGUCCUCCCACUAUGCUGAGCAUAAACGUGAUGAACUUCAAGCAUAUGAAUACGAUGAACUUGUUCAUAAACUGAAACCUUUCCAGACUUUUAAGGACAUCACCAACUUCUUAGGUGUUCCGAGAAUUCGAUCCCAGGGGCCGACCUUCCUCUGCCCCUUGGUGACUCCAGAAGAAAGUAUUUCACAGGACUGCAGCAAUUUGGGAAACCUUUCACGAGCAUCCCUACUCUGCGGCAGAUGUUGGAGACCGCAUAUGAUGUCCUGGAAGUGUUGCGGUAUUUGCAUUUCAAACCCCAAAUCCUACAUCGCGACAUUAGCAAAGGGAAUGUUCUUUAUAUCGAUGAUAAGAUGUGCCCGACGACAAUUGCCCAUAGUACGCUGCAUGCUGACUCUAUUGGAGCAAGCAAAGCGGCUACAGCCACUGCGACAGGCUUACCCCUUUGCUUCAUCAAGUAUCUCCUCAAUGAGAGCUGUGAUCCCUGCAAGACAUCGGCACUGCUCAUUGAUUUUAACCAUGCUGAACACCAUGCAAGCAAACAGAGUCCUGAGCACAAGCGAAUCAAACGAAUGGGCACCCCUGUCUUCAUAGCCCGUGCUGUCCAACGGAGGGAACCAGUGCCAAUUUUCCCUCCCUUGGUUCUUGCUGCAGUACCUGAUAGUCCUGAACCCUAUACUUUGGCCCACCCAGACCGUGUUGCGAAAUUCCCGUCCACACCGGUGAGAUUGCUCACUGACCACCCAGGUGGUCGUAACAAUCGCGAAUGGAGGCACGAACUUGACCACGAUGCGGAGUCUGUCUGGUGGUUGCUCCUUUACUGGACGGUGACCGCCCAACCCAAAGAAGAGCCAGAUGAAUUCAUUUCUCACUCCAUCUGGCUGCUUUUGACAGGAGGUGCUCGGAGUUCACUAAUUUGCGACCUGGCCAGUGGGCCCGGAGAGCCAGACGAGGGCACUGGGACCAACAUCCACACCCUCUACAGCACAGCACUGCAGCCUUUGUUUCGUAAGCUCGCCGGGAUUCUUGCCGUCGACAGAUAUUGGCUGGAGGACUCCGAAACCCGAAAUGCACCACAAUAUGUUAACGAGGCAUUUCAACGUUUGAUCCUCCAGUUCAUCCUUAAACACCGUGAGGCAGAUUUCAUGGUGCGCCAGGUUAAAGAGCGCCCCCGUCGAGUUGAAAAGGGCUCGCAAGAGCCAGGCUAUUCUGCUACUGCUAGCCAGAGGAGGAAUGCUGAGGUCAGUAGCAAAAUCGGUAGCAAACACUCAUCCUCCCUUUCCUCGAUCCAGGAGCACAUCACGCCUGCCAUGGAGGUAUGCUAUUGA